CCAUCCCUUAUAACAAUGGCGUCUAAAACUCUUCUUUUUCUUCUCCAUUUGAAUAAGAGCCAUCUUCUCUCUCCUAGAACGCCAUUGACGGGAUGAUGAUGUAGAGUUGAAGCAAAAAUGGGGAGGAGAGCAGAUCAGAAGCACUAUGCCAAAUCUCAAACCCUUCCUUCCUCGCCAACCCAUUCAUUCUCAUCUUCUUCCUCAUCAGACUUCGAGUUCACUAUCUCCAUGUCUCCACGGAAAUCCUCCGCAGCGCUCUGCCCGGCCGACGAGCUCUUCUACAAGGGGCAGCUCCUUCCCCUCCACCUCUCCCCACGCCUUUCCAUGGUCCAAUCCCUCCUCCUCUCCUCCUCCUCCACCUCCUCCUCCUCCGCCCGCCCCUCCUCCGGCUCCUCUGCCGACUCGUUCUCCCCCCGCCCCAGCUCCGCCGCCGCAGCCGACGACCACCACCACGACUUCAACCACCCCCUCACCGCCGCCAAGCCACCCAGGAAACCAAACUUCUUCUCCCUCUCCCGAUUCUCCUCCGUCUUCCGCAGGCCCCGAGACGCCGCAGCAGCCGCCGACUCCCCUUCGCCGGCAAAGCGGGUCAGUGCCACCCCGAGAGAGGUGAUCCGCAAGUACUUGAAGAAAGUCAAGCCCCUGUACGAAAAGCUCUCGCAGAAAGCGGCACCGUCAGCAACGGCUCCGUCUUCGCCCGUCAAAGCAGACGAAUCCGUUAAAACCUCGAGCAAGGACAACAAUGGCGGCGGCGUGCUUUCGCACUCGUUUUCGGGGAAUUUGAGGUACCGGAGAAAGAGAUGCUACGUUUCAAGCUGCCCAUCUUCCAUGCGUUCAUCUCCGAGCCACUCGGGAAUUCUGUACCAGAACAAGUUUCCGGCGGACAUGAACAGAAUCCGGGGCGUGAACCACUCCGAUACAUCCUCCAUGGAAGAGUUGCAAAGCGCCAUCCAAGGAGCCAUAGCGCAUUGCAAGAACUCCAUGAUUCAGAACAAGGCCAUGGUCGGCAAUGAGAUCUGAGAAAACGGAAAAAAGAAACAAGGAGAAAGACAAAAGCAAUUAAAGCGCUUUCUUUCUUCAGUUCUUCUGUCUCAUAAUUAUGUGUCGUUGGCUAGCUUUUGGAUCCAAGCAACGUAUGUACCUAGUGAUGACAGGAAAUAUUUUAACCCCUGCAUGUGAGUCAUGGAACACUCAUUUGGAUUUUCUCUCGAUUUCCUUGCCUCGAAAAAUCCAAGGCCCAGUGUUUGGAAUCUGAGAAAAUUUGAUGGGUUUUCUCAAUUAACAUCUGUUCAUCAUCAUCAUCAUCAUCAUCAUCAACUUUUAUCUUCUUCUUCCCCCAUCAUCUUCAUCGGUCGUAGUCUUGAACAGUGUAUGUUAGUUACUUUUAAAGUUUUCAUGUCUAAUGGAAAAACAUAUAUAUUCAUGGUU